GGGUGGGAAAAUGCGUAUUUUGUUCUUAUGCAGAUUUUUGAAUAUUCGUAUGAAAAUCUGUUCCCAAUUGGAUGAAAACCUAGCUAGGUACCUCAGUCAUCAGUGACUUUUUGGAACGUCGGAUGUUUUUAUGGAAACGAUUGACAUGCGGGCGGGGCUUACUUGUGCCUUUCCCAUGAACUGGUGACUUCGUACAAAUUGUUUGUUGCCGAUCAAGAUGGAGUUCCUUUUGGGAAAUCCAUACAGCACUCCUGUGGGACAUUGCAUUGAGAGAGCCACUGAUGGCUCCCUUCAGAGUGAGGACUGGACCCUCAAUAUGGAAAUAUGUGACAUCAUAAAUGAAACUGAGGAUGGGCCCAAGGAUGCCGUCAGGGCCAUGAAGAAGAGGCUGAACGGGAACAAGAACUACAGGGAGGUGAUGCUGGCACUGACCGUCCUGGAGACAUGUGUGAAGAACUGUGGGCAUCGUUUUCAUGCCCUCAUCACCAGCAGGGACUUCAUAGACGGCGUGCUUGUGAAAAUCAUCUCUCCCAAAAACAACCCUCCCACUAUCGUACAAGACAAAGUGCUCUCACUGAUCCAGGCGUGGGCUGAUGCGUUCAGGAGUAGUCCAGACCUGACGGGUGUGGUCCAGAUCUAUGAGGAGCUGAAGAGAAAGGGUAUAGAUUUCCCAAUGUCGGACCUGGAUGUCCUGUCUCCCAUCCACACACCUCAGCGGCUGUUGACUGGCCCAGAGGAGAACCAAGCCACCGCCCCUCCCCUGGCCCAGCCUAUCCCCCAACCCCAACAGCAGCCUCCUGCCCAUGCUGUCUCCGCCCCAUCGUCUGUUCCUCCCACCUACUCCGCCCCGCAGGUCCCCAACCUUGGCGCCUCUGGGUCUAUCAACCCUUCACCUGAACAGAUCUGCCGGCUGCGAAGGGAGCUGGACAUUGUGCGUGGCAACACAAAGGUGAUGUCAGAGAUGCUGACAGAGAUGGUUCCUGGACAGGAGGACCCCUCGGACCACAAGCUCCUGCAGGAGCUGAACCGGACGUGCCGGGCCAUGCAGCAGAGGAUAGUGGAGCUCAUCUCCUGUGUGUCUGACGAGGAGGUCACAGAGGAACUACUGCACGUCAACGACGACCUCAACAACAUCUUCUUACGCUACGACAGGUACGAGAGGUACCGGUCAGGCAGAGCAUCUCAGGGUAUCAAUAAUGGGCUGAGGCAGGUUCUCAGUGAGGCUACAGAGGACAACCUUAUAGACCUGGGCCCUGGAUCUCCUGCUGUCGUCAGCAACAUGGUCACUUCCACCGCCACGCCUCCGUCCUUCACCACCCCUGCCGAACGUCCUUCCUCACCUGCCUCCCUCGCUUCUCGGCUGGCCGUCCUCGACGUGGGUGCCAGUGUGACCAGCACUCUGAGCUCUCUGCCCAGCUGUAAGCCUCAGGACGACUUUGACAUGUUUGCCCAGACCAGGACUGGAGCUCUGCCACUGACCACCGAGACACUCGUCAUAGCUCCUAUAGAGGACCUUAAUGCUGUAGGUGGGAUUGAGCUGCCUCCUACUCUGGAAGUCAGGCAGCAGCCUGCAGGAGGAAUUCCCAUUGGCCAAUCCUCUGUCAUGGAUGACAUAGAGGAGUGGCUGUGUACUGACGUGCAAGGAGAGGAGGGCGAAGAGGGGGUGACCAGUGAAGAGUUUGACAAGUUUCUGGAGGAGCGGGCGAAGGCAGCAGAGACGGUGCCCAGCCUCCCCUCACCCCCUAGUGGUGAUCCCGGUGCAACUACCGGUGCUCCCCAGAAGAAGUCUGAAAGACCAGAGGACGCCCUGUUCACUUAGUUUAGUGGUUUUCAAACCUCUCCUCGGGGACCCCCAGACAUUUCACAAUGUUGUAGCCCUGAACUAGCCCACUGAUUCACAUAGUCAAGGGCUUGAUGAUUAGUUGAGAAGUUGAAUCAGGUGUGCUAGCCAUGGAAUAGUCUAAACGCAUGGAACGCCUGGGGGUCCCCGAGGAGAGGUUUGAAACCCCUCGCUUAGUAGACCUCUCUUAACCUUUUGACUUCUGACCUGACCAGUGCCUGGAGUCCCCAGACUGUUGUCUGUGACAAAUCCACUUUCUCAUCCUCCCACUCUGGAGCUGUCUACCAUCAGCUAAAUGUCUGCUACCCAGUAACACAUAUUCAUGUUCUCUGCCAAUUUACUACAAUGCGAAGGGAACCCCCACGCAUUGUACAUUUUUUUGUUUGUUGUUUUUUUGUUGAAAGAAACCAGCUUCAUUAGGGACAAGGUUGCAAUGUAUUCCCAUAAUCAACAGUCCCUAUCUAACAGUUGGUUUGGAACUUUCUCCAGCGUAAGAAGGACUGUGGAGUAUCAACAGCCAUCUUUAUAAACCAGCAGCUCACUCUGUCCGGGGGGUGGUCUUCCUCUGAAGGGUAAUAUGAGACGUACCCUGCCUACAGCACUACACAUAUUCUGCUCUGUUCUGACAGCAAGAAGCCAUCCCUAUCCAGUCGUCCCCUACUCUACUGCAUGUGUUAACAGAUCCAUCCACCCUUCAAUCCCUCCUCGGACUGAAAGGGAAGUCCAAAGGGAGCUAAAUGAAGUCCAGGGACAGUUCAUGUUAACCUUUUUUAUAGGUCAGACGAGGGCAGGUAGUAUUGAAAUAUAUCAUGAUAUGUAUGAUUGGGGAAUAUUCUGGAUCAUUGUAUUGUUUUUACGAUGUGUUUAAUUCCAAGUAUAUUAUAUUGUCCAUUAUAGCCCCUGACUGGAUGUCUUACUUUAUCCAUUUAACUUUGUUUUUGAGUGUGUAGAAUUCUAGAAUAUUAGUUUGUAGAGAUUUAUUUUCAGGUUAUUCAUUGUCAUUUGACGUUUUUUAGAGUAAGACAACAAUCAUUAAAUCAUUAAAUGCACUGCUAUGGUUGUUUAUUGAGGUGUAAAACAUUUUAUUUUAACGAACAAAUAAGUAGUAUCGACCUGACAAUGAUUUUCUGUUCAUCCAUAUAUUGGGACAGGUACGAUGCUGUUGGGAAGCCAAAGACCAGAUAUUGUCGUGGAGCCCAAGCAUGAUUGCAUCACAUUCAUAGUGAAUAGAGUAGCUGAUAAUGCUGUAAGAGUCAGUCAGAAGUGCUAAUGUGUUAGUCUUAUGAGAACAAUAACUUUAAAACCUAAAGUCUGUAAUGUGGUUUUCAGUACAGAUAUGGAGGCAGACUGAAUAUUGUAUGUCUGGUGUUGAAUAAUAACUGAAUUAAUGGACUGAAGUUUUGUCUAGUUGAUGUAAAAAAUAAGCCUAUGGAAGAGAUGUUUAUGAACACUAUGAAGGGGACAUUUGGUCUCCGAUUGGGGAGUCCAAUGUUAUAUUUUCACCUGAACUCUACCAUGUUCUUGUCUCUCGCUGGCUGUGCUGGCACAUCACUCAGAUGCUAGCCAGUUAGCUCAAUGGUCUCAACAGCUGAUCAGAAACAGUGACUGUGCUGAAAAGAGGGAUGGCCUGAGUGGGAGCCAGGCUCUCACCAUUUAGCGAAGGUGACAUUGAUGUUUUCAGAAACAACACUGCUUUACUGGUAUGUGCAAGAACAUGGAGUACUGAAAUCUUUAUUCUCUUUCUUGUUUCAUAUAAUCACAAACACAUGACAGUCCUGCCGUUUUGUUAUUAUUAAAAGAUCUAGUUGAGUGAGUUGGUACGUUUAACAUAUCUGUAAUCAACAGAGAAUUUUGAAAUAUUGACAAGUGUAGGAAUAAUUUAUUUAGUAUUUUCUUCUGCUCUAUCAGUAUUUGAAAUAGUUUUAUUUUACAAAGCAGAAUGAAGUCAUGAACUGCUUUAUGAGACCGAUCAAGGUUUUUCAUGUGUUAAACAUGUUUUGGUCGUUUAUGGACUUCCAACAGUUUUUCCUACACUGAUUUAUGCUGAUUCAAUGUUAGAGAUUGUAUAAAUGUAUUCGUUAAAGUUGUUGCAAAUUAAUCCGGUCACUAUUUAUGGCAAGUGUCCACUCGUUGGUUUGUAACUAAGAAAAUAACCCUAUUGAAUUUGUUUUUCCAUGGUUUGUUGAACAAGCAGUGCAGUCAUGUUACUGUAUCUUCCCCUCUGUCUUAUAUAUAUAUAUAUAUACACACAUAUACACACCAUGGGACAGCCUAGCACAUGAUGAACCAACAUCAUAGGCGUCAGAAAUGACCUCGCUUCUGAAAGACACUUUAAAAGAAGUGUUGACAUUGCACAUUCUGAAAAGGUUUUCCCUCUCUUCUAUGAAUGGAAAUAUGGUGUGUGCAUGUAGAAGGGUUGCCCUGCUAUAAGCCUGUACAUCUGAUGUAUUGCAGGGGGAAGAAGUAUUGCUAUGUGUGCCAUCCAGUAUACAUAGUUUAAUAUAGCUUGAUAUUGAUCUAGCUUGCUCAGUGGAACUUUGAUUCUAUACCUUAUAUUGUAUAAUCAAGGCAGGUAUGACUUAGCUUGCCAGGUGGUCACUUUGAAGCCUGCUCUUAGAACAAAUAAUGUGUAUAUGGUGAAAAAUAAAGGGUAUUUUAUAAGGGA